CGUUGACAUUAUAUUGAACUGUCUAAAAAAAAAUUCUUUCCGGUUCUUUUACGUCCAAAAUACAACUAAUAUGAAGAUUGGAUUGUGUGUGUUCAGUGGGUAUAAAAUUUACCCAGGACAUGGUAAAACCAUGGUCAAAGUUGAUGGGAAGACAUUCACAUUCCGUGAUAAAAAAUGUGAACGCUCAUAUUUAAUGAAACGUAAUCCACGUAAGGUAACAUGGACUGUUCUUUAUCGUAGAAAGCAUAAGAAGGGAGUUGAAGAAGAAAUUACUAAAAAACGUACUCGUAGAACACAGAAAUUUCAACGAGCUAUUGUAGGAGCAACAUUAGAUGAAAUUUCAGCUAAACGUAACAUGAAACCUGAAAUACGCAAAGCUCAAAGGGAACAAGCGAUCAGAAUAGCAAAAGAACAGAAGCGUGCUGCUAAAGCUGCGAAAAAGGCAUCAGCACCUCCACCACCAAAAGCUAAACAAGCUCCAAAACAAAAAGCAGCGAAAAUAACACAAAAACAAGCUCCAAGAGUAGGUGGUAAACGAUAAACUUUUCAUCUUAUGUAAAGAGUGACGUUUAUAAUUUGUUUUUAAGAUAAAUAAAAUACUGAAAGGAGUAAAA